CCUGAGGACUGGCCUGGGUCUGGUCUUCACAUCGUCUCUCUCCUUUCUGCAGCUCGGCUGGCCCCGGAACCUGCUUUCCCCAGAGGCGAGAAUGGCGGCUGGGUACCUGCCUCCCUGGUCCCAGGAAUCAGUGACCUUCGAGGAUGUGGCCGUGGACUUCUCCCCGGAGGAGUGGGAGUUCCUGGACCCUGCUCAGAGGAAGCUGUACAAAGAGGUGACGCUGGAGAACUACAGGAACCUGGCCUCCCUGGAAGCCCUGAAGAACCAAAGUACUGAUGCAGGUAUCAAGGAUGGUCCAUUUUCCCCAGCACAGACCCCUCAAGUCACAAGGCUUUCCCCAUGGUUCGGGUAUUCACUCUUUCGGCCAGUGGAGCCUUUUCAUUUGCAGCAAAGAGAAGCCCUGUGGGUGGAGGAAAAACAAAUUCCCCAGGCCUCCUGUUCAGAUUGGGAGAAAAGACUGAAAAACCAAGAAUCAAUUUACAAGAAGGUGGUUUUGGGGGAAGAACCAUCUGGUGGUGUGAAUAUCAUAAGGCUUACCGUAGAAGACUGGGGAUGUGACCAAUUCAAGGAGAACCAUGAUACCCCCCAGGGGCUUUUGAGGCAAAUGGCAUCCAUCCAAAUAAAGGCAGUUGCUCAGCAGAAAGCAACUGCAUGGUGUGGAUUUGGCGACAGCAGUAAUCCGAGCUCAGACCUUGUUCUAUCUCAGGGAAGCUCAGUAGGGAAACGUGUCUGUGACAGUGAGCUAGAUAUUGAGAGUUUGGUAUCUGAUUCUGUCUUAAAGCACCAUCAGUUGGGAUAUGUAGCUCAGAGACCCUGUGAAAGUAAUGAAUGUGGAAAUGCCCUCAGCCAAAACAGUCGCCUUAUUCAACACGAAAGAACUCAAACCAGGGGGAAAUCGUCUGUGUAUGUGGAAAAUGGGAAACCAUUGAAUCAUAGUAUGGCUCUUACUGUGCACAACAAAAUUAAUACAGCAGAGAAACCCUUUGAAUGUCACCAGUGCGGGAAGGUGUUUAACCGGAGACAUUCUUUGAGUGAACAUCAGAGAAUUCAUACGGGAGAGAAACCGUAUGAGUGUCAGGAGUGUGGGAGAGCCUUCACACACAGCUCAACCCUUACACGCCAUCUGAGGACUCAUACUGGAGAGAAGCCCUACGCCUGCGGCGAAUGCGGGAAAGCCUUCAACAGGAUUUCGUCUCUGACUCAACAUCAGAGGAUUCAUACAGGGGAAAAGCCUUAUAAAUGUGAAGACUGUGGAAAAUCCUUCUGCCAGAGCUCUUACCUGAUUUUGCACAAGAGAACGCACACUGGCGAGAAGCCCUAUGAAUGUAAUGAAUGUGGAAAAGCCUUCAGUGAUCGUUCCUCUCUCAACCAGCAUGAGCGAACUCACACUGGGGAGAAUCCCUAUGAGUGUAACCAGUGUGGAAGAGCCUUCAGCCAGAGGUCUUCCCUCGUGAGGCAUGAGAGAACUCACACUGGAGAGAAACCUUACAGCUGUAAUGAGUGUGGGAAAGCCUUCAGCCAGAGCUCUUCCCUUAUCACACAUCAGAAAACUCACACUAGCCAGAAAACCUAUAAAAUAAUAGACUGUGCGAAAGCGUUCUAUCAGAGCAGCCACCUUAUUGGAUUUUAGCAAUUGCUUGCUGCCUCGUAAAGCACAUCUUAGCACUCUGACAUAUAAACAUGGUUAGACUUUGCCCUGGGGUGAUGUACUAUUUGACAGGAAGUAGGUUCAUGUCACGUUCUUCAAAGCAAGCUCUGUGGUACAGAACUAAGAAGGGGCCUUUUAAUGGGAGAAAUCACCGUUAAGCUGUACCCAAUGAGCUCCACCCUCUUAGAAAAGAUUGGCCAAUGGGAAUGCUAACAUGGAAUGGA